UUUUUUUUUUUUUCUCAGUGCCAUGUGGUUUCCAGUGUACACAAAGUAAAGAGUGAAAAGAUGCUUAUUGAUUCUAUCGUAGGAAGAGUGGGAGACUGCAGCAGCCUGUAAACCAGAACUAAAGCAAUUGUAUACAUUAGCAGUAUGCUGAAACAAUGGCACAGUACAGGCACAAAUUUUCAUUAAGGUCAUUUUUUGAAGAUAUGCUUAUUACCCUCUUUCCCUUCUACUCUUCUAACAAGUGAACAAAAUGAAUCCCUCCAACCUGGAACUGCUUCACCUGCAUCGAGAAUUUACCAAAUCUUUAGUGGAGGGCAUGCAGCAACUAAUUCAGUUUUACAACUGACAAUAUGAAGAAUGCAGUUGACCGGGUAUCUUUGUAGCUGUAUGACCUACAAGCAGCAGGAUGCAUCCCUAAAAUGUAUUCUUAAGACAUAAAGGAAUUAAAAACAAAACAUGGAACACACUUGCAUUACCAUUUGUUUGCAUGACACUUCAACAAUAUACAUGGAAGACUAACACAUCUGCUCAGAUUUUCAUUAAAAGAAGAGUGCAAUGAUUGAUUCUUAAAAUGGUUACAGUGCGUGUCAAAAAUCUCUCAGUGCCACCAUGUAUCAGUUUCUGCCAAGCUGCUGCCCCGCUGUGCCAGGCCCCUGAGGCACAGAGAACAGGAGAAAAACCAGCUGCAACAAAAGAAUGUGUUUGUCCCCCAUUCUGGAAGUCAACAUGCAGUCCGAAUCUAACAUUACAGUUCGAGAUGCCAUUGAUGACUUCGAUACCAACAUGUACCAACCACUGUCAUAUCCAUUAAGCUUUCAAGUUUCUCUCACUGGAUUUUUGAUGUUAGAAAUUGUUUUGGGACUUGGCAGCAACCUCACCGUGCUGGUACUUUACUGUAUGAAAUCCAACUUAAUCAAUUCUGUCAGUAACAUAAUUACAAUGAACCUUCAUGUACUUGAUGUAAUAAUUUGUGUGGGAUGUAUUCCUCUAACUAUAGUUAUCCUUCUGCUUUCACUGGAGAGUAACACUGCUCUCAUCUGCUGCUUCCAUGAGGCUUGUGUCUCUUUUGCAAGCGUUUCAACUGCAAUCAACGUCUUCGCUAUCACCCUGGACCGAUACGACAUCUCCGUAAAACCUGCUAACCGAAUCCUGACCAUGGGAAGGGCUGUGAUACUAAUGACAUCAAUAUGGAUCAUUUCACUUUUUUCCUUCCUGAUUCCUUUCAUUGAAGUCAACUUUUUCAGUCUUCAAAGUGCAAGUACUUGGGAAAAUAAGACACUUCUGUGCGUGAGUACAAACGAGUACCACACUGAACUAGGAAUGUACUACCACAUUCUUGUUCAGAUUCCAAUAUUUUUCUUCACUGUUAUAGUAAUGCUAAUUACAUACACCAAAAUACUCCAGGCCCUAAAUAUUCGGAUUGGUACAAGAUUUACAACAGGACAAAAGAAGAAAAACAGAAAGAAAAAAACUAUUUCUUUGACCACUCAACAUGAGACUACGGACAUGUCCCACAGCAGUGGAGGAAAAAAUGUUGUCUUUGGUGUAAGGACUUCCGUGUCUGUCAUAAUUGCUCUACGCCGAGCUGUAAAACGGCACCGGGAGCGACGAGAGCGGCAAAAGAGAGUGUUCAGAAUGUCCCUUCUGAUUAUCUCAACAUUCCUUCUCUGCUGGACACCCAUCUCUGUUUUGAACACCACUAUCUUAUGUUUGGGCCCAAGUGACCUUUUGGUAAAGUUGAGAUUAUGUUUUCUAGUAAUGGCAUAUGGAACAACUAUAUUUCACCCUCUACUUUAUGCAUUCACGAGGCAAAAGUUUCAGAAAGUUCUGAAAAGUAAGAUGAAAAAGCGAGUUGUUUCAAUAGUGGAAGCAGAUCCCAUGCCAAAUAACGCUGUAAUACACAACUCAUGGAUAGAGCCUAAAAGGAACAAAAAGAUUACCUUUGAAGACAGUGAAGUAAGGCAGAAAUGUUUAGUACCUCAGGUUGUCACUGACUAGAUUUCAGUUUUCACCAAAACACAUCAAACGGAAUAUUUGAACUAAGUGUAAAAAAAUACUGCCAAAUAAGAAAAACUUUUUUAACUAUUGGCGAGACUGUAUAUUUUCAACAUAUAUGUUAAAUAGAGUAGGUCUUGUAUAUUCAAUUUCUUCAUUAUGUAAGAUAUAUGUUGCAUGGCUGUUUGUUAGCGUAACACCAUGUGUAUAUUUGUCAAAAAUAUUCAAGUCCUCUUUUUUUAGAAAAUAAAUAGCCUUAAAGAAGUGCAAA